AUGAACGGACUAAUGCCUGGUGACAAUGGGGGAGUGGGUGGAGCUCUCAGAUCUGCUAUUCCCGGAGUUUCAGGACCCUGGAGUUCUCCUCUGUUCGGCUGCUUUGACGAUAUCGGGAUAUGCCUGAUCGCAUGGUUCGUGCCCUGUGUGACAAUAGGACAGAACGCUGAGGGAGCUGGAGUUUCUGAUUGUUUGAUUGGUGGUCUCCUGUCUUUGGUGCCUCUUGUCAACAUAUUCUGCUUGUUCAAGAUCAGGGGCGCCAUCAGGGAGAAAUACAAUCUUGAGGGAAGUCCCGUGAUGGAUCUUGUCAUGAUCCUUUGCUGUCCUCUCUGUACAAUCUCACAAGAGGCCAGGGAACUGAAAUCUCACGGAGUCAGCGCUGCUCAGCCUCAGAUGCCACGUGUCUAA